AUGGCAUCAGAAGCGUCGGUCGCAGGGGAAAGCCGUGUCGCCUUCCCCGUAGACUGCGGCGAGGCGCACGAGCGCCGAAAGCUCGCGGCGCUCUCGAGCGCCAGCCCUGACGUUGCCCCGGCUAACAUCUGUGACAUAUGCGGCGAGAAAUUCACCAGGCACAUCAACCUGCGGCGGCACAUGCAGAGGCAGCACGAGCAUCUGGCGUACUUCCCAUGUGGCAAGUGCGGCAAAGGCUACAAGAGCUAUCGUGAUGCAAACGACCACGAGAGGCUUUGCACGCACGGUGGCGACCUCAUCCAGUGCAACGUGUGCAAGUCGCGAUUUGCUACGCCGUGGCAGUGGAAAAAGCACGUGGCCUCGUCGAUGCACCGGGGCUACUCCAUGGUGGCGGGUAGUGCGUGGCUCGCUGCGGCCGAGCGGCUUGGUGAGGGAGCCGAUGCGCCCGAGCUAGAGGUAGAGGUUCUCUGUGCGUUCAACACCGGCCCUUCUCCCACGCAGCAGGCGCCGGUGAGCCCAGCCACCCACGAGGAGGGAGGUCUUGGAGUGUCCAUCGAUGACCUCGCAGCUGAAUUUCAUUUCUGA